AUGUUUCGUGGCUUAUUAGGUUCCAUGAGUGAUUAUCGAAUGAAACUAUCGAAUGAUGAUCAAAUACGAUACUUUGGUUGGGCAUUACUGGUAGUUUGGACUCUGUCAAUCAUAUAUAUGACACGAGAUUUUUGGUUUCCAUCAGCGUUCGGUCUUCCUCCUUUAUCAGAACGGAUGAGAGCGCCACGAUUCAAGAGAGAAAAACGGAACAUGCAUACCGGAAGAAUGUGUGUUGGAGUGAAUAAAAAAUGA